AUGAGUAAGAAAAUGCAAAGCGCCAUCAUCUCUGCCCUCCUGGCAGGGAAGGCAUGGAUAUUUGAUGACGACGAGACUCUGAAGGAGAUAUACGGGCUAGGCCUGGAUAUGUUCAAGGAGCCACACCAGCACCUGUCAGACAAGCAGCGGGUGUCAUUGAACGCCAUGCUUGAUGUUGCAGAGGCAUUGGCCGGCAAAGACCGUUACGAUAUUCUUGAAGGCAAAGAACAGUCUGGAUGGGGUGCAGGGCGAGAUGCCCUAAACCACUGGUUCAAGGAACAAAAGAUUUCUGCAGCUUUCAUAGAACGGAUUGACCAAGCCUUGGAAGUGUCGCAGGUACUACCUAUCCAACUCAUUCAGAGAGAGAAAUCCGAGGAGUUCCCAGAGGUAAAGGAUGCUGAUAGCGGUAAAGAGGAUGUCGUCCUUGCAAUCCUGGGGACUGAAGCAUUGUCGAGGCCAUUGACUGGAGAAUUUCGUGAUGCGUGCAACACCAUCCUCCAUCACGCCUGGGAGCGCCAUCGCAAGCGAUACCGGCGGGCGAAGAAGGCAUUGGAAAAGAAACACAUUAAAUCAAUGUCAUUGGUGAAAAAAAUCGAGGACACAAAAUAUGUCACAAAAAAGAUGUUGUGCGAUGCCACCAAGGCUGUGAAGGCAUACAGGGAUGCCGUUUCAUGGUUUCCCGCUGAAGAGGAGAAAGCGAAUGGCUUGGCUGAGCACGAGGAAUUUUUAAAGCAAGUCGUGGUCACGGCUGUGGCACAGGCGAAGAAAUGGCCAAAGGAAAAGAUUACAGCAGAGAGUUUCAGCUCACCAGCGAGACGACGCGGAGCUUCGCGCGCUUGCAGGGUGAAGCCAGUGGCGCUGGCGGCCGCUGGCGAUAUCGACGAGAUUUGGGCAUUGUACGUGCAACUAUUUGAGGUCGUCCCAGGAGAGGCAUUGGUGCCACAAAUGGACCUUGACGAUCGGAACCCCAGCGGUCAGGACGAUUGGCAACGAAGUGAUGACCUGGGUGUGGAGGGGUUCAGCAAUAUGGACGAUGCCCAGCUCAACCAUCUCCUACAAUUCCCUGGUGGGCGCCCAGCUCUCUUCGCAGAAUUUCGUUCACAGGGCGGAAAAUGUGCGUGGGACAAGGCAGUUUCGUCGGACUUCAUCGAGGGCAAUACGGACAUGCAACCACUGUCGCUGCUGUGGCACCAACGCGUGGGAGUCGCUGCACUAGCGGACAAGAUGUGGCUGAAGAAGGAGAAUUCGGGUGGUGUUCCUGGAAUACUAGUAGCAGACGAUGUGGGUGUUGGGAAGACGGCGCUGAUGAUGGGCGUGAUUGCGAUGAUUAUCGAUGCAUACUGGAUUCAGGAGGUGGUCGCAGGUCGAGGGAAACCCACAGGCGUCACGGUAGAUCUGAAUAAGACGAAUGUGCGCAAGGCACCUAUGCUAGAAGAGCGCCCAUUUUUCGCAGGCCAAGCCACCAUCCCCAGCCUCCCUCACGUCAUUGUGGUGCCCAACUCGUUAGUGGGUCAAUGGUAUGCUGAGCUAAGGACCUUCUUUGCACCGAAGGCAGUGGAAAUUUAUGAGUAUCCGACUGCAGAAAAGCAGUUCCGUGCAUUUUGGACAGGCGACUGGGCAACUUCGAAGACACCGCUGGUGAAUCGUGUCAUCCUGGUGUCUCAUUCAGUGAUGACAACAUCAGGGAAGGCCUUCGAUGUCAGGAAAGGUAAGGCCGGCAAGAACACCGGAAAAGCCGCAGAUGCGCAGCGUCACAUCAAAAGUCAGGCGCUGACGAAGACCUGCAUUUGGUUUGAGCAGAAGUUCCUCACAUGUGUAGUCGAUGAAGCUCACGUAUUCCGCAACCCAACUGCAAAUUUUUAUGCGCUCCUGGAGCUCACGAAAGCGGUGUUGGUGUCCCUGCUACCUACAGCCACACCACUAUAUACAAGUCCCAAGGACUUGUGCAAUUUGGGUCGACUGGCACGUAUACCAUACUUUUGUGGGCACCAAGGAGACGAUCGUGAGAAGGAGCAUUGGAAGUCGCUGCGGGCGGCACGCAGUGCAAUCAGUCGCCAAGACAAAGAAGAAGCAGCAACACACACCGUCAAAAUAUUAGCUGGCGGGGCAACAACAGCAACAACAGAGUAUGAAGAAUCAGCAUCCACUGCGCGUGCGCGCGACGUCACAAGGGAGUGGAUCAGUGACAUCAAGCAAGGGUACAGCGGACAUGUGAUCCGACGCACAGUUGAAUCUAAGACUCACGACGGGAAGAAGAUCAACGAUAUGUUGCCCCCGUACCGUAUGAUAAUUGUCCCUGUGCACAUGAAGGGCGAUGAGAUGGAAAACAUCAAUGAUGGCUUGGAUCGCAUUUCCAACAAGAUGAUGGAAGGUGACAGUGAAAGCUUUAACACGAAAUUUUACCUCGUAGCGCGCACCAAGGUGGCAUUCCCUCAUCAUACAUCCCCAACAUAUCCUACCGUGAAGACGCUGGAAGAGUGGUCCAAUGUUAGAUCAACUAAAGUCGACGUUCUGGUUACUCUCCUCACUUGGCAUCUGGAGUCUGACGGGCACCCCGUUCACGAGUUUAACGUGGACAGCAAUUUCGGCAAGGAUGAAGGUCAGGAGGUCUACCCCAAUGCUCGGAAUCAGGAGUUCCCGCACCUGAUGUCCAUGGGGAAGCGCAAGAUUCUUGUUUAUACGGAGUUUCCUAUGAUGGUACCUCUCCUCUCCUCUGUGCUCAAACUGCAUAACAUUGUUCCGCUGACACUCAAUGGGAGUCAUGGCGUGGAUGAACGAAAUGAAAUCGUCAAGAAAUUCAACGCGGAUCCAUCAGCGCGCGUCCUCCUGUUCUCCAGCGUUGGUGCCGUGGGACUUAACCUUACAGUUGCCAGUGUGGUCAUUCUCUUUGAUCAGUGUUGGUCCCAUAUGUUAGUGAACCAAAUAAUUGGACGUGCGUGGCGGCUAGGGCAGCAGGAGGUUGUCUUGGUCUACAACAUGGUGGCGCUAGGUACCGUCGACGUGCUUAUGGUUGAGCACGGUGAAGGGAAAGGUACAAUGUUAGAGCAGUUUUUGUCUGUCAAUCCAGGUAUGCAUAGCUACUUUUGUGUAAUCAUCUCAACUCACCACACCAACAAACAUAACACAUUCCAACCCUACCAACCCCACCAACCAACCAAACCAACCACCCCACCAAAUCCUACCAACCAACCAGGGAUUGCAAAUCGCUUACAGCUGGCGGCCGCAGGUGGACGGCACGUCCAAGACUGUGACAAUGACGGUGAGGAAGAUAGCACUAGUGAUGAUGACACUGAGGCGCAGGAGACAAGCCCCAACGCACCAUCCCAGCCAGUCGCUGAAUCCCCGCGGGACACUGUCUCUCGCAAGUUGUACACGCGGCCUGCCAAAGUGAUGAAGACAGGCAGCAAAUGCAGUGAAGAUGGUGAGGUCUUGGACUUGACCCUUCCUGAUGAUAGCGAGCAACCUGAACCUGAACCUGAACCCAAUGGCGGCCUCCCUCCACUACCUGCAGGAGGAAGUUCACCACUUGCCGGUCCCCUGGGGGAGCUGCCUGCCGCUGGAAACAAAGGUGAUCCUAAACAUGUCACCGGAACUGGCAGCGGUUCCCAUGGGCAACCGCCUUUAAUGCAGGAUAAACAAGGCAAUGCGCGCGCUGAUGCACCAUCCUCCAGCAGUCCCAAUAAGGAGCCGUUAAGCCAGCAUAUAUGUACGACACGCGCAGGGGUGGAGUUAAAGCCCGAGACGCGCCUGCAGCCCCUUGUGGGGGCCACAAUGGACAAUGACUCUAAUUUUGCCGAGGUUCACAAUGAUGCGUCUCUCUGCGACGACGCUAAUAUGUUUGACCCAUUGACAAUGGAGAACGACAUCCCAAUGUCGCCCCAGACAUGUGUCCACCAGGAGCACGAGCUGAUGGGUGGCCUACUUGACGAGCCGACACAGAUGAUGUCAAGAGCAUCGCUGGCGACUUCUCAGCCUAUCCAAGAUCACACCAGCAAUCUAUCACAUAGUCGAAGCUGGAAAACCAUCGCUAAACGGCGGCGCAGCAGCACCGCAUCAUCAGGCUCGUCCUCCACUAACCCUUGUCCUCCAAAGAGUCCACUGCAUAUUUCGCCUCCAUGGAAAAAGGUUGUUGUGCUUGCCUCGCGGGCAAGUUCAAACAUUGUCACGCCUAGCACAUCUCGGCCCUUGCGAUCCUACAGUGCCACCCCUAUCCCUACGAACGCUCCUGUCCCUCGUGGUGCAAGGAUAGGUCCUGGCUUUUUCCGUGGUAAAGGAACAGGCAAUUAUACCCGCGGCACUCCUCGCUGA